AUGACGGUGGCAAGAGCGUUCCGUGUGCUGUAUCGCAUUCUGGUUGACUAUUGUUCUAACUGCUCCCUGGCCGGUGUUGGGUACAUCUCGAACCGCAAAUACCACUGGACGGAGCGAUUGUUCUGGAUGGCAUGUGUACUGUUCGCGUGGACCGGUUCUUACAUGCUGAUCAAAACGUACAUGGAACUGUUCCGCAAGGAUGCGGUCAGCAUUGUGGUGGAGAAUCUCGAUCCACGCAAAGACAUCACCAGCUUUCCCUCGGUGGGCGUUUGCGAGAUGGGCUACACCAAGCAACAGUACGAUGCGUUACAGCAGGUGAUCGAUGGGUUUCGGACGAGCGAAGAGAUGGAUUACAACUACGAUGUGGAGGAAUUUAUGCUACGCCUGAUCUAUCACAAUCUGUACAAUUAUGGUUCGAUCAAGUCGUACUGUGCGAUGUACAAGGACUGUGACGACUGUGUCAAGUGCCCGGUGGAUGGAUAUCCACGGUUUUCCGUGGCGGUCCGUGCAAACUGUUCGCAGCUGUUCGACGAGUGCCGUUGGAACGGGGAAGUGUUUGACUGCUGCCGCUACUUUCGCCCAAUACAGACGACGAUGGGUUCGUGCUUUCUGCUGAACUCCAUCCAGACGGUCAAUAAAUACGGCCCACAAUGGUUACGCAUGGAUAUGAGUAUGGGAUCUCCUAAAGGGGAGCUACUGCUAAACUUCAGUCGAGCAACAACGGCAUACGUCCAGAACCAAGAAGACAUUCCGCACAUGCUACUAACGACGCUCCAGUUCAACCAAAUGCCGGAAGGAUACGCGGGAAAGAUCUUCAUCACCGUACAGAACAUUGCGAACGAUCCGCUAGUACGAACGGUCGGCAAAGAUGUCCGCCGUUGCGUUUUCCCGGACGAGGACACCGAUACGCGGUACGCCAAGUACAGCUACAGUGUGUGUGUCACGGAAUGUCUAAAGACGGCACAGAUAAAAACGUGUAACUGCUGCCAUCACAACAUGCUGCUGGGAAAGUACGACAAGAGCCCGGUUUGCGGUUACGAUGGGCUCAACUGUCUCGACCAGCGCGAUCUGAUGUUUCCCCAGACGACCAUCAUGCAACCGUGGCGCACGAAUGGGCUCGUGUGCGAUUGCUUCCCGUCCUGCACCGAGCAUGAGAUACGCAUCAUUGGGCGCGAAUCGGACAUGGAGCGUCGCACCGGCCGGUCGGUACUGAUCAAAAUAAUGGGCCUACCAUCGCAACGCUACCGGCGACAGAUUGUGCGCGAAAACGUCGAUGUCGUCGUAUCGAUCGGUGGAAUUUUGGGCCUCUUUACUGGUGCGAGUAUUUUAAGUUUGGUCGAGUUUAUCUAUUUCUUUACCGUGCGCUUCGGAUCGUACGUGGUGAUCGAGAUUAAGGAGGAAGAACACGUCGCGGUCGCUGAUAGUGAGUCGUAUGAAAAUGAGUUUUAA